AUGGAGUGGGGUAAUUCAUCCACGUAUGAUGACUUUGUUCUACUGGGCUUAUUCAAAAACACCCAUUUUCCCUGGCUCUUAUUUGUCCUUAUCUUCGUGGUCUAUAUCAUCUCUAUAGCCAGCAACACCAUCAUGAUCAUUCUCAUUCACAUAGACUCCAACCUUCACACACCUAUGUACUUCCUGCUCAGUCAUCUCUCCCUCAUGGAUAUUCUCUACAUUUCCACCAUUGUACCUAAGAUGCUGAUUGACCAGAUAGUGGGAACGAGGACUAUUUCUUUUGCAGGGUGUACUGCACAGCACUUCCUCUACUUGACUUUGGCAGGAGCUGAGUUCUUCCUCCUAGGACUCAUGUCUUAUGACCGCUAUGUUGCCAUCUGCAACCCAUUGCGCUAUCCUGUUCUCAUGAGCCGUAAGGUCUGCAUAUUGAUUGUGAUGGCAGCCUGGCUAGGAGGGUCCAUAGAUGGCUUCCUUCUCACUCCUGUUACCAUGCAGUUCCCGUUCUGUGCCUCCCGGGAAAUCAACCACUUCUUCUGUGAAGUUCCUGCUCUUCUGAAGCUCUCUUGCACAGACACGUCAACUUAUGAAACAGCUAUGUAUGUCUGCUGUAUCUUGAUGCUUCUCAUCCCAUUCUCGGUCAUCUCAGCCUCUUACACAAGAAUUCUGAUCACUGUCUACAGAAUGAGUGAGGCAGAAGGGAAGCGAAAGGCAGUGGCCACAUGCUCUUCACACAUGGUGGUUGUUAGUCUCUUUUAUGGGGCUGCUAUGUAUACCUAUGUGUUACCACACUCUUACCAUACCCCUGAGCAAGACAAAGCUGUGUCUGCCUUCUACACUAUCCUGACUCCCUUGCUCAACCCUCUCAUAUACAGUCUCAGGAACAAGGAUGUUGCAGGGGCUCUAAAGAAGGCUCUACAAAAGUGUUUGUCCUCUAAAAGAAUAGCUAGUUUCUAA